AUGGAAGUUCUGAAGCAAAGAGUAACAAUGCUAACAAAUCAAGAAGUUCUGUCGUUUUUGAAUGCGGUCAAAAAAGAAGAAGACAACAAGCUGCAUGGUGAUCGAUGCAAAAUGCUUUCUACUGUUGUAUAUGAGACUAAAAAGUAUUUAAAUUCGAGCCCUGCAGCGACACAGAAUGAAGCAGUCAUCUGUGAGCUGAUACCCAAGUUAGCCCCCUAUAAACUCACUGGGGCAGAAACUUUACAAGUUGUGAAUAUGAGACCAGCGAACACUACUGAUAUUCAACUGUUAAUCGAAGAAACAGAAGAACGAUUCCCAUCAGAAGAGGAACUCGAGAAGCUAGUGACAACUGUUUCCGAAUGUCUGCCACCUCCACCAAAACGAUGA